GAGUUCCUCACACAGCUGAGACAGAAGCACACAUACAUCAUUAAGAGGCUUGUUUGCCUCCUACCCUCUUCCAGCUAUGGACAUCUUUCAUUCCUUGAUUUUCAUUUUUUGGACAUGUUGGGUGCUAGAAUCUCAUCCAGUUCAGCCUUCUUCUGCCAGCGGCUUUCAGGAGUGCAAACAAACCCUGGGACGUCCAGCACUGGAGGUUUUCCCUGGAGGUGGUUGGGAUAAUCUACAGAAUCUAGCUAUGGGAAGAGUGAUCAGUCUGAAUUACUCUUUGUGCAGAACUACAGAAGAUGGAGCUUACCUCAUUCCCAAUAAUGUCUUCACCAUUCCCCUUAAAGAGACCUUCCUGGAGCUGAACUCUGAAAUCAUAGAGUCUUGGAUGGAUUAUCAGUCAGCCACCUCUGCUUCCAUCAAUGCUGAGCUUUCCACUUCUUUUAUCAAUGGCAAAUUCUCCAGUGACUUCCGCUGGAUGAAAACCCACCAAGUGAAGGACCAGGCUGUGACCACCAGAGUUCAAGUCAGAAAUCGGAUGUACACUGUGAAGUUUGAUCCUGCAGCCACAUUUGAUGAAGGCUUCCAGCAGCAGCUUCUAGCCAUCGCUAGCCACCUAGAGAACAACCAGACCCGAGCAGCUGACUAUUUGGCAGAAAUCUUGGUGUUAAAUUACGGCACUCAUGUGAUCACUGGUGUGGAUGCUGGAGCCAGUCUCAUCCAAGAGGACCAAGUCAAGUCCACCUUUGUGAAAGACAGCAAGUCCAUGAGAAGUUCUAUCACAGCUGCUGCUGGAGCCUCUUUCCACAACAUUGUAAACUUCCAAAGUAGCCUUUCAGUAGGCACAGAUGAUUCAUUCACCAAGCAGUAUGAAGCCAACCGCACCAACUCUAGGGUGGAGAGCAUUGGGGGGUUGCCUUUUUAUCCUGGUAUUACCCUGAAAACCUGGCAAGAGAGUAUUCCCAACCAUCUGGUAGCCAUUGACCGUUCUGGCUUGCCUUUGGAAUUUUUCAUAACCCCAGAAAAGCUUCCAGGAUUACCCACACCCACCGUGAAGAGAUUGUCCAAGACUGUAGCAUCUGCCAUCAGUCGCUAUUACACUUUCAAUACUUACCCGGGCUGUACCAAUGCAGCUUCACCCAACUUCAACUUCUAUGCCAACAUAGAUGAUGGGACCUGUGAAGGGGCAGGGAACAAUUUUACUUUUGGAGGAGCCUAUCAAGUGUGUGCUGAGCUGGAAGGACCUGAUGCUGCCACACUCUGUGCAGGUCUGGCACAGAGGAACCCACUUACUGGAGGCUACUCCUGCCCCACUGGCUAUAUUCCCAUCCAACUGGGCUCCCAAGAACUUGAGGAAGGCUGUAACCACUGGGACUGCCAUAAUAAUUGCUUCGUUUGGAAGCUGUUUUGCAGGAGGUCUUGCAAGGACAUUUUCACACUCUCCAAAGUGCUGUUUAUCUCCUACUGGUGUGCAGCAACAGGCAUAGUCCCCGAAAGCUCAGGAUUCCUCUUUGGGGGUCUUUUUAGUACCAAGAAUGCUAACCCCAUGACCAAUGCUCAGUCUUGUCCCUCCAUGUACUAUCAGCUGAAGCUUUUUGACCAGCUCAAAAUCUGUGUCAGCCGUGACGAAAGGGGACAGAGGUACUCUGUGCCCUUUGGAGGGUUCUUCAGUUGCCAGGUAGGCAACCCAUUGGUGGGCUCCCACAAUGGAACAGAUAAUGACCCAUAUCCCAAAAGGUGCCCAGCAGGAUUUAGUCAGCACUUGGCUCUGAUCAGUGAUGGAUGUGACGUGGAAUACUGUGUCCCAGCUGGGCGCUUCACAGAAGGGUCUCUACCUCAAGCUCGCGUCCCACCCUUCAGUCGCAAACCUAUCAUAAACCUCAUUGAUACUGACACCAUCCUGGUGAUGAAUAGCAACGAUGGCCAAACCUGGAUCAAGGACUCUCAGACUCAUCUGUGGAAGACAGGCAACCCCAAUGAGGUGUACCAUAGUAUGAAGACAAGUAUGACUACUGGUGAGAGUCUAUCGAAUGGAGAGGUAGCUGGGGUUACUCUUAUUGCCACUGUGGGCUUGGUCAUCCUGAUUAGCCUGGUGAUCUGUGGGUGCAGGAGGUACAAGAAGAAGGGGUACCAUGAGAUAGGGGAAGACGAGAGUGCCAUGAUCUCUGGCAGCCCUCCUUAUGGCGUCGGGAAUGAAACAGUGGAAAUAUCACAACAGCAGGAAAGUCCAAUAGUUUAGAGAUGUGUGUGCUUAUGCAUAUGAUCUUACUUAUCUGUACCAGCCUCCCAACACCUGAAACCUUCCAGUUGUGUUGCACAGCAAGCCCUAUCAUCCCCAACCAAGCCAUUUCGAUGGCCCUAGUGGAUAAGGAUGAUGAGUUAAACCCAACAUUUCUGCAGGGCACAUGGUUGAGGAAGGCUGAAUGAUACUGUCUUCAGAUGUUUUGCAGUGGGGCUUUGUAGAAACUGUUAUAAGAAUAAUCAUGAGCUUCUUUCAACUAUCUUUCCUCUUUUCCUUAAGUUUUCUGAGACCAAUACAUUCAACCAGAGGGGAAGAGGGAGGAUGGGGAUGAGACAGAAUGUACUUUCCAUGAAAUUAGGAAUCAAAGCUUAGCAAGAUUACAACCCCCAGAAUCCCAUCAGUACAAGGGAUUCUGAGUUUCAGUCCCAAAAGUAACCUUCCCAAACUCUAUCAUAGGAAGCUACCUUAUAUCGGGUUAGACCAUGGAGUCCAAUGCAGCCUGUUGAAUUCUCUACUAAUCACCCACCCACCCUCCAGUUUUCUAGAUAAAGCCCCCAAUUUUGCAACAAAAAGAUUUAAAGUAUUUUAUAUGUU